AAAUAUUGCAUUUAUUGUUGUUGUUUUUUUAAUCCCGAGUGUCUUGUUUACACUUAAAUAAUGCAUCUUUAAAAACAAUCAAACUCAACUUUGUGUCAUAAUCAGGCACCGAUAACAAGAUAUUGAUAUUGUGCUUCGCUAUGGUGUUGACGCUGCUGUUUUGUUCAAUUAAAGUGAAGUUAGAAGUAAUACUAAGUCUUGUCUGCUAGUUCAGACAUUUGUCUGUCAGUGUUUGUCCAAUGCGAGAUGUGAUGGAGGGGUUCAAGGAAAGAAGAAACUCUAAAACUCUUGGAAGUUUUUCGAUGUCAAAAGGAUCUCCAGUGGAGCCCUGGCACAGUACUCCUGUAAAAAAGAAUCUUUUUGCUGCUAAUGAGGCGCCAGAUGUUUCCUCCACCAAACUCAGAGAUGAAAACAGAACAAGGCCUGCAAGACUGAGUCUACACGACCUCUCAAAACCAAUGUCCUCUUUCUCAUUAACACAGGAUUUCCAGAUCCCAGUUAAUGGAUUGGAGGUCUCCACUAUUCAGAGGCAGCGUCUGGAGCUGCAGCUUCUCAUAGCAGAACUGAAGGACCGUGACCAGGAGCUCAACACUAUGGCAGCAGCCCAUCACAAGCAGCUGCUCUCCUGGGAGCAGGACCGUCAGAGAGUGCUGAUCCUGGAACAGAGAUGUGCCCGACUGGAGGAUGAGCUGGAGAAGCGUAACGAGGUGAUCAGAGCACUCAGUAAGCGGACGAAGGUGGCAGAAAUGAGUGAGAAAGACUUAUACAGAGAGCUCAACAGCUCCCAACAGCAGCUACACGAGCUGAGCUGCACACAGAUGAACACCACCAGACACGAGCAGGACUUGGAGGAGCGGAACCAGAGUCUGAACUCCACGGUCAUGAGGCUAUCAUCACAGGUGGGGCAGCUGCAGGUGCGCGAGGAGGAGCUCAGCUCCAUGCUUAAACUGAAGGAUAAAGAUAUGAUUGAGGCCACCAAUCACAUUUUAGAGCUGUCUGGUCGUCUUUGCGAACUAGAGAAAUCGCUCGAAGAGCUGCGGACACGUGAGAGCAAAACGCUGCGAGAAAUGGAGGAACACAAACACCGUUUAAGAGAGAGCAGACACAAAAACGCACAACUGAAAGCCGAGCUUCAGGAGAAAACCAUCGAGAACAACAGCCAGAGAGAAGAGCUCAUCUGCUUAAAGCAGGAAAACCAGCUGUUGAAGAAAGACAUCACUUCUGUUGAACUUCAGAUGAUGAAUGAAGAUAAAAGCUGGAGGGAUGAAUUACUUGAACUCUCCCGAUCAAAACAAGCUCGAGUGGAAUCUGAGCUGCUCUGUCUGCGGCAGGUGUGUGAAAGCCAACAGAAUGACCUCCAGCUGCUGAAGUUGAACUUGGAGAGCGCCAGAGAGACACUCCGACAUCAUGAGGGUCAAAGGUCACAUGAGAGGGCUGAUUCUGGUUUAGGAGACAGUCAUGUGCUAGAAAACAGUGAUCAUCAGGAAAGGACAGAACUAGAAACAGGGCUAAUGUCCACCCUGUGCCACAGCACAAGCGGAAAUGCCCCAUCGAUUUUAAUGCAGCGUCCUUGUGUUGAAAUGGAAACGCAGACUGACUUUGAGCAUGACUUUGGCGCAGCUUUGAGCACCACAAACCAUGAAUUCACAGAGCUUUCAGCUGUAGUGGAAAGUUGCUGUGGCGCCAACAUUAAGAACAGCUGUGCAACUAGCCAGUGUGGCAUCAAUGAGCAAGAAUCACCCAAGAUGGAAAUGAAGGAAAGAGCGAACAACUGUGUUGAGCUGUCAUCCCAGUCUCUCUGCUGUGAUAAUGCUGACAGCCCAUCAGAAGAUCCACACUGUCAGGCAGUGCACUGUGACACUAGAGCUGAUGUGGAUUUAAUGGCUGUCAUUGACUAUGAUUCAGAGACAGGAACUCCUGUUUGUGUUGUUGAUGUGGAUAUCAGUCCAAGAUUCUCUUGCACAGCAGAUCUGAGCCUUCUUCAUCUGGAUUGCCCCUCCCCCUGUCACAGAAGUAGGCGGAGCUCUGUCUGUUUACCCGAUUCUAUGCUAAGCAUUGAACUCUGUGCCAAUGAUGUAGCUUGCCAUGGCAAUGAGGAGGGCUACAGCUCGUCCACAACACGGUUACAGCGUCUGCUGGCUGAGUCUCAGGAAAUGGUGGCAAGUUUGGAAAGUUCUACCAAGAAAUCUGUCAGCCCAACGAAACCUCAGAGCCCAAUGAACUGCGAUGCCAUUUGUCACCUCCAAAGUAACCAUGGCAACGGCAGCCACUCCCAAACCUCCACCCAUAGCCAGGAGGGCAGACAAACACACGGGGAAAGUGACUCCCAGAUCGAAAGCAGCCCACGUUUGCAUCAAGGAAGCAAGUAAUGUGGUCCAUAAAGCCACGAGAAGCAGCGAAUCCCCGUUUACCUCCAUCUUCUCUACAGCUUCUGAAAAUAAAUCAGUUCUUUGCAACCAAAGAGGAGUUUUGUGAAGCUAACAAGUAGUUUUUACAGAUGCUAUAGUUUUACAUUUUUAUCAAAAUCUUUUUAUGAUAUGUGUAUAAAAAUAAGCAUUAAUGAUGCUACAGAAGCACUACCUCUGAACAAUGUUAAGACUGUCGUUAUUUAUAAACUACUUUCUUCAAGUGUUAAACCUGUCAUACAAGAUGACACAAUGGUGCUGGUUGUUUUUUUGUCAUUCCAGUUUCACGGUCAUCGAACCUGUUUGGUUUCAAAGAUAACGAACUGUGAUGUGGCUCUUGUCCUGAUCAUUGUUUUACACCUGAAAUGCAGUCUUGUUCUCACAGUAAGGACAAGGAGGCCUUUUCAAAAGCCACUGAUAUUUGCCUAAUCUAAGGACAUCUAAAAGAACAAUAAAGGUCUUUACAUG